AAAAACGUGUGGCAAUGCGUUGCAGUCGAGCUGUUUUAGAUAGCAUACACCGUCGACUGAGUACAACAACAACAACAACAACAACAGCAACAACUUCUACAAACGACGGUCAUGAAACUUCAACGUCAUUGCCAUCCUACAAACCAUACACGUCUUACAGGUUAAACGCUUGCAUCCGAUCGUUCAAACAUCGAGUUAAAACUGUUGUGACGAUGAAAAAAACAUUGAACAGAUCGGAUGACAAACGAUAUAUUUUAAAUGACCGUGUGCAUACUCUAGCACAUGGUCAUUAUAAAAUUUAAU